GCUCUGGUCGGGUGUAUUUGGCGACCCGUAUUGUAGAAAUUCAUAGGCUUAAUUCUUAACCCAAAAACCCUAGACCGUGGACGACGGCUCUCAAUUCUGAUCGUCACACCGUCGUCAAUUCACAUUUCAUUGCUCUGGCGUUUCUUAAAAGGAACUCGAAGAAAGAUACACACACAUAAAGAACAAUAGGCGAUGGCAAACGAGCGUCAGAGAAAAGCCAAAAAGCGGUUCAGGGAAGCUCAUCCGGAGCUUUUCCCUGAUCCAGAACCAGCACCCUCAAACCCGGAUAAGAAGAAGAAGAAGAAAGGGAGCAAAUUAAAGCGCAAAAGACCUGACUCAGAAGACGCAUCGAACCAGAAAAGGUCAAGAGAUAAAAAGCAUCCCCUUAGAGUCCCCGGAAUGAAACCUGGUGAAAGCUGCUUCAUUUGUAGAGGUAUUGACCACAUAGCAAAAGAUUGCCCCGAAAAGGCUUCGUGGGAGAGAAACAAGAUAUGCUUGUUGUGUAGGAGACGUGGCCACAGUCUCAAGAACUGUCCUAACAAAAGUGAUGACGCUAUGGAUAAGAAAUUGUGUUAUAAUUGUGGCAAAACUGGGCAUUCUUUGGAAAGGUGUUCUGAACCAUUGCAGGAAGGUGGAACAAAGUAUGCCAGUUGCUUUAUUUGCAAAGGGCUCGGGCACUUGAGCAAGGAUUGCCCUAAAAAUGCUCACGGGAUCUACUGGAAGGGUGGUAGUUGCAACACUUGUGGUGGUAUUACACAUUUGGCCAAAGAUUGUCCCAACAAGGGUAGCACAACUUCCAAUGCAACCCAUGGUUCGAAUAAAAGAUUUAAAAUAGAAGAUGUACCUACAGGGCAAGUCACAAAAUUAACCAGUGGAGAUGAUCUAGACGAUGACUUCAUGGUAGGCGAAUCCAAGGAAGACAACAUUGCCAAAUUGAAAAAGAAACAUCAGGGACCUAAAGUUGUCAAUUUUGUAGGUUGAAAUAUUGAAUCAUUUGUGACUGAAAAAAUAUGAGUGUAAUAUCCUCCUAACUUCCAAUUUUGAAAUAUUAUUUCUUCUCUUAAUCUGUGACUGUUACUAGCCUGCUCCUAUGUUGGUAUACUUUGUACCCUUUCAUUCUUUCAGGUGACUCCUGUUUUGAUCUCCAGACAAGACUUCCUUUAGUAGAAUUAUCUUAUAUACACCUGUUGGACUA